GAUGCUUGUGGUACAGAUGGGAGGUUGUGAUUACUUUGUUCAUGUGGAUUGUGCAAUGGAUGAAGAUAUUUUCAUCCAAGAGUAUGAGGUGACAGAUGAAAAUCAAAAUCUCAAUCAAAUAAACUUGGGGUGGUUAAUUGGAGAGCCUUCUAUUACUCGUGUUCUCAAGGAACAGAAAAUUGGAGAGGAAGUGAUAGCCAUCGAAAUUGAACACUUCGACCAUGAAUGCAAAUUAAUACUUUGUGAUGAUGUUAAAGAUGAAAAAUAUUGUGACGGUUGCAGGCGGUCCAUCUCAACUUCAUUUUACUAUUGUGCUGAAUGCAAUUACAUCCUUCACAAGCGAUGUGCUGAGUUACCAAGAAAGACACGACAUUGGGUUUUCAAGCAGACUUUUACUCUUGGGCCUUACGUACAUGCCACGUGUCAGUUCUGUUGCUUUUUCGGUAGUGGCCUUUUCUACAUCAAUGAUGUAAGUGGUUGGGUAUAUUGCAUUUCAUGUUUUCUAAUUCCUGACGCCGUCACCACUCCAGGACAUAGGCACCAGGUCUUCUUCGAUCAUAAAAUUACAAUCAAAUGUAGUAUUUGUGAUGACGGGCAUAAGAAAUAUGGGGCCUUUAUAUGCAGACGCAAGGAAUGUGAUCAUUUCACCUUGGAUUACACACGUCUUGUGAUGCUGAAUACAGCCCGGUACAAGAAUGAUGAACAUCCUUUGGUACUCACUUACCGUAAUAAUAUUCAUCCUCAUUCGGAUCAAUGCGUCUGUGAUAUUUGUGAAGAAUCAAGAGAUCCAAAUGAGUGGUUUUAUUAUUGUGGAAUCUGUGAUAAUUCUGCUCAUUUCUUGUGUGCUCUUGGCAAGUAUCCAUUUCUGAAGCUUGGAUUGACUCGCAAGUACGGUUUUCAUGAGCACCCUCUCGCUUUUGUGAAGAAGGAUUAUUACCAUGAAUAUCUUAAAUGCAGUGUUUGUGGGAAGUAUUGUAAAGAUGUGUUCUUCAAAUGUACACAGUCAGGAUGCGAGUAUGCUAUUGACUGGGAUUGUAGAAAACCUCUUGGAAAUUGAUUAGACGAAGAUAGUCAGUUGGUUGCAGGUAACCAAAAGUCCAUGCUUUGUAUUCAUUAUUUGUUUUUUAGUUUCUUCUGCUAUGGAGCUGCAAUGUGUCAAAAAUUUAUAUUGUUGUUUGUUGGAUUGGUGUUCAUAAUACAAUAAUUCAGCAUUG